CGAUGGAUGCGCUAGCAUGUCUGCUGCUGCUGCUGCUGUCCGGGGCCAGGAUACACCAAAACACCGCUCUCCAGUGUUACUGCGAACGCUGCAGCGCCAACUCCAGCUGCACCAAUGGCGUCUGUUAUGUGGCCAUCCGUAAGUCGGGCAGUCAGCUGAUCACUGAGCGCAGCAUGUGUGUGCACGAAAGCGAACUGAUCCCACGAGACCGGCCCUUUAUCUGUGCCCCGUCCACCAAACAGGAGACGGGGAUCUACCCCAUGUGCUGCAUCACCGACUACUGCAACAAGAACCCCGACCCCACCAGCUUCCCUGUCCCUACAGUGAAGACCCCCCCACUGGGGCCCGUGGCCCUGGCUGCAGUCAUCGCUGGCCCUGUCUGCGUCCUGUGCCUGCUCCUGGUAGUGGCCUUCUACAUCUGCCACAGCCACAGGGGUCUGGGAGCUGGGGGGCCGGCCCACCACCACCACCACCGGGUACCCAAUGAGGAGGACCCGUCCCUGGACCACCCCUUUAUUACUGUGGGGACAACCCUGAAGGACCUCAUCUACGACAUGACCACCUCUGGCUCUGGAUCAGGGUUACCUCUGCUGGUCCAGAGAACCAUCGCCAGGACCAUCAUCCUUCAGGAGAGCAUCGGAAAAGGCCGUUUCGGGGAAGUGUGGCGGGGGAAGUGGCGUGGCGAGGAGGUGGCAGUGAAGAUCUUCUCCUCCCGCGAGGAGCGUUCCUGGUUCCGGGAGGCGGAGAUCUACCAGACGGUGAUGCUCCGACACGAGAACAUCCUGGGAUUCAUUGCUGCAGACAAUAAAGAUAACGGGACGUGGACUCAGCUGUGGCUGGUGUCCGACUACCACGAACACGGAUCCCUGUUCGACUACCUGAACCGCUACACCGUCACCGUGGAGGGCAUGAUCAAACUGUCCCUGUCCACCGCCAGCGGCCUGGCACACCUUCACAUGGAGAUAGUGGGCACGCAAGGUAAACCAGCCAUUGCUCAUAGAGACCUGAAAUCCAAGAACAUCCUGGUCAAGAAGAAUGGGACAUGUUGUAUCGCCGACCUUGGACUCGCCGUUCGCCACGACUCGGCCACCGACACCAUCGACAUCGCUCCGAACCACAGAGUGGGAACCAAAAGGUAUAUGGCUCCAGAGGUGUUGGAUGACUCCAUAAACAUGAAACACUUCGAGUCCUUCAAACGGGCCGACAUCUACGCCAUGGGUUUGGUGUUCUGGGAGAUCGCCAGCCGCUGUUCCAUGGGAGGCAUCCAUGAGGACUACCAGCUGCCCUACUACGACCUGGUCCAGUCCGACCCAUCGGUGGAGGAGAUGAGGAAGGUGGUGUGUGAGCAGAAGCUUCGACCCAACAUCCCCAACCGCUGGCAGAGCUGUGAGGCCUUACGGGUGAUGGCAAAGAUCAUGAGGGAGUGCUGGUACGCCAACGGGGCUGCCCGGCUCACAGCCCUGAGGAUCAAGAAAACCCUGUCCCAGCUGAGCCAACAGGAGGGAAUCAAGAUGUGA